GAUAAGGAAGUUUAAAUGUACAAAAAUUAAUUUUCAAACAAUGGAGGAGACAAUUUAAAACAGAUCAUCCGUUUAGACACCAGAAAAGUCCGAAAAUGGACCCCCGCACCAGUGCCCAAGAUGUGAUGCGAUGUGACCUUUGUGAGACCGCUGUAGUACAGAUGCACUGUGAUACAUGCCUUGUCAAUCUGUGUAAGGCCUGUGUAGGAGAACACAUUUCUGAUGAAUCCAAAGAUCACAAAGUCGUCAAAUUUCAGUCCAGGAAAUCUACCCUCCUCCACCCUCAAUGUGCACUGCAUGACAAAAAACGCUGUGAUAUGUACUGUGAACAAUGUGACAUUCCAUUAUGUAGUGCCUGCAUUGUCUCUGAAAACCACUCUGGUCAUAAGAUUCUAGAAAUAAUUGAAAUUUACCAUACAAAGAAAAUGGAGAUUGAAAAAGAAAAUGAAGAAAUGAGAAAGAGCAUCUAUCCAAUCUACGAAGACAUUGCCUCAGAUGCGGAAAAGAGAAUUAGUCAGUUGGAUAAGGGAUAUGAAGGUAUCGCAACAACCAUUACAAACCAUGGAGAGGAAUGGCACAGACAAAUUGAUAAACUUGUCAAUAAACUUAAAGCAGAAGUAGACAACAUGAAAGCUAUACAUAAAGCUGCCUUGGAGAAACACAGAGCUGAAAUAAAUCAAAGAAUUUCAGACAUUGAUGAUAAAAUCAGAAAACUGACCAAGCUUCUAGAGUCAAACGAUAUCUCUCUGUUUACUCAUCACAACAUCACAGUUGCGAAAUUCAGGAAACUUCCGCCGAUAGUUGAUGCAUCUUUUCCAAAUUUUACUCCAAUUAAAUUUCAGGAAGAACCAUUCCAGCAACUUUUUGGGAAACUCUCAUCUCUAUCACUUACUUCAGAGGAAUAUGGCUACAACAGCAAGCUACAACAAAUAUCACCAGAAGCUGGAUCCUUCCCUCCAAUCAAGAAAAUACUUGAUGAACCUGAGAUUGUCACCACCAUAGACACUGAGUAUGAAAAUGCUAAUGGAGUAGCCUGCCUGAGUGAAGAACAAAUCUGGACAGCAGGCAAUAGCAGUAGCAUAAAACUCUUCAACAUCAAUCAAGGUUCAAUACUUCAAUCAAUUACCACUAGAUCAGGGAACGGCCCUAGUGCUAUAGCAGUAACAAAAAAUGGGGAGUUAGUUUAUGCUGAUAAAUCAAACAGAAAUGUGAACAUUGUGAAGAAUAAAAAGAUAGAAGAGGUUAUAAAACUACAGAACUGGGCACCUUUAGGUGUUUGCUAUACUUCCUCCGGUGAUCUUCUUGUUACCAUGUAUAGUGAUGAGAACCGGAAAUCAAAAGUUGUUCGUUUCUUUGGUUCCACUGAAAAACAAACCAUUCAGAUUGAUGAUAAAGGUCAACCUCUCUACUCUAAUGGAAGUUUUACUAAAUACAUCAGUGAGAACAAGAACCUGGAUAUCUGUGUGUCUGAUUGGGGAGCUAAUGCAGUAGUGGUGGUUAAUCAGGCUGGAAAACUGAGAUUUAGAUACACUGGGUUAAUUUCUGCUCAAAAUAAAAAAGAAUUCAGUCCCUAUGGAAUCACCACAGACAGUCAGAGUCACAUCCUGACUGCUGACUGUAACAAUCAUCGUGUUCACAUCAUAGAUCAGGACGGACAGUUUCUUCGUUACCUAUACUGUGGUUUAAAUGAACCAUUUGGACUUUGCACUGAUACAAAUGAUAACUUAUUUGUUGCUCAAAUUAGUACAAGUAAAGUAAAGAAAAUUAAAUAUCUACACUAAAAUAAAUUAAGAGUACUUUAUAGCAUUACAUGCAUGCAAAUAGUGGACAUGUUUUCACUUAAUAACAGCUUUUCUUAAAUUGUUUUAUUGGAAGUCUGUACAGACUACAA